AUGGAGGAUCUCCAAGCCGAGGAAGAUCGUGUCAACCACAUGGAGAAGGUUCGAGCCAAGCUCGAGCAACAGUUGGAUGACCUUGAGGAUUCGAUGGACCGCGAGAAGCGAGCCCGACAAGACCUCGAAAAAUCCAAGCGAAAGGUUGAGGGAGAGCUCAAGGUUGCCCAAGAGAACAUCGAUGAGAUCACCAAGCAGAAGCACGAUGUUGAGCAGAACCUGAAGAAGAAGGAAGCCGAACUCCAUCAGCUCUCAACCCGUUUGGAAGAGGAACAAUCUCUCGUUGCCAAGUUGCAGAGACAGAUCAAGGAAUUGCAAGCCCGCAUUGCUGAGCUCGAAGAGGAACUCGAGAACGAGCGCCAAAGCCGAGCGAAGGCUGAUCGUUCUCGAUCGGAGUUGCAACGCGAGCUUGAAGAAAUCAGUGAGCGACUUGAGGAGCAAGGUGGUGCCACUGCUGCUCAACUCGAGGCCAACAAGAAGAGGGAAGCUGAGUUGGCUAAACUGCGCCGUGAUCAGGAGGAAUCCAAUCUCAACCACGAAACAGCUUUGGCCUCCCUUCGCAAGAAGCACCACGAUGCUGUGGCUGAGCUCACCGACCAGCUCGAGCAACUGCAGAAGCUCAAGGUGAAGGCCGAUAAGGAGAAGGCUCAAUUGCAACGAGAAUUGGAAGAAGUCUCAGCGUCAGUAGACAGCGAGGUCCGAACCCGUCAAGACAUCGAAAAGCAGCUCAAAGUCGUCGAAGUCCAAUACGCCGAGGCUCAAACGAAGGCCGAUGAGCAAUCACGACAGCUCAACGACUUCGCUGCCCUCAAGAACCGACUCCAUAACGAGAAUGGCGACCUCGGCCGUCAAUUGGAAGACAUGGAGAAUCAGUUGAAUAGCCUUCACCGCCUCAAGGCACAAUUAACCAGCCAGCUUGAGGAGACGAAACGAAGCUACGACGAGGAAGCUCGUGAACGCCAAGCUUUGGCUGCACAAGUCAAGAACUUCGAGCAUGAGAACGACAGCCUUCGUGACCAGCUCGACAGCGAAUCAGAAGCCAAGGCCGAGUUGCUACGACAAAUCAGCAAGCAAAAUGCCGAAAUCCAACAAUGGAAAGCACGAUUUGAGAGCGAAGGUCUCGCCAAGCUCGACGAAAUUGAGGAGGCAAAGCGCAAGCUCCAGGGCAAGGUUCAGGAGCUAACCGAUGCCAACGAAAUGGCGUUCGCCAAGAUUGGAUCUCUCGAAAAGACCCGCCACAAGCUUAUGCAAGAUCUCGAUGACGCUCAGGUCGAUGUUGAGCGCGCCGCCGCCUACGCUGCUGCCCUCGAGAAGAAGCAGAAAGGCUUCGACAAGAUCAUCGAUGAAUGGAGAAAGAAGCACGAUGACCUUGCUGCUGAACUCGAUGCUGCUCAACGAGACAACCGCAACCUCUCCACUGAUCUCUUCCGCGCCAAGACCGCCCAGGACGAGCUUGCCGAGCACCUUGAGAGCGUGCGCCGCGAGAACAAGCAGCUUGCCCAGGAGGUGAAAGAUCUCGCUGACCAACUCGGCGAAGGCGGACGCUCCGUCCAUGAGCUCCAGAAGAUGGUGCGCCGCUUGGAAGUCGAGAAGGAAGAGCUGCAAAAGGCUCUUGACGAGGCUGAGGCAGCACUUGAAGCUGAGGAAGCUAAAGUACUGCGCGCCCAAGUUGAAGUAUCUCAAAUCCGUUCCGAGAUCGAGAAGCGUAUCCAGGAGAAAGAGGAAGAAUUCGAGAACACUCGCAAGAACCAUCAGCGAGCACUCGAAAGCAUGCAAGCCACCCUUGAAGCCGAAACCAAGCAUAAGGAGGAAGCCCUGCGCAUCAAGAAGAAGCUCGAAGCCGAUAUCAACGAGCUUGAGAUCGCUCUUGACCAUGCCAACCGCGCCAACGCUGACGCACAAAAGACCAUCAAGAAGUACAUGGAAACUGUGCGCGAACUGCAACUCCAGGUUGAAGAUGAGCAACGACAGAAGGACGAGAUCAGAGAACAAUUCCUCAGCUCCGAGAAACGCAACGCAAUGCUCCAGGCCGAAAAGGAAGAGCUUUCACAGAUGGCGGAAGCCGCAGAACGUGCACGACGAAACGCCGAAGGAGACUGCAUCGAACUGCGCGAACAGAACAACGACCUUUCAUCGCAACUCAAUGGAAUCACCGCCGUCAAGAGAAAGCUCGAGGGAGAAUUGCAGGCUAUGCAUGCCGAACUCGAUGAAACCCUGGCUGAACUCAAGAACGUUGACGAGAUGGGCAAGAAGGCCGCCGCUGAUGCUGCUCGCCUGGCCGAAGAACUUCGUCAAGAACAAGAACACAGCAUGCACGUCGAACGCAUCCGCAAAGGACUUGAGGUUCAGAUCAAGGAGAUGCAGAUCCGCCUCGAUGAAGCCGAAGCUGCAGCUCUCAAGGGAGGCAAGAAGAUCAUUGCCCAACUCGAACAACGAAUUCGUAGCCUCGAAACAGAACUUGAUGGAGAACAGAGGCGUCACCAGGACACCGACAAGAACUGGCGCAAAUCCGAACGCCGUGUCAAGGAGGUCGAAUUCCAACUGGAGGAGGACAAGAAGAACCAGGAGAGACUCACCGAGCUCAUCGACAAACUUCAGGCCAAGCUCAAGGUGUUCAAGCGACAGGUCGAAGAAGCGGAAGAAGUUGCCGCUACCAAUCUUGGCAAAUACCGUCAGCUCCAAGCUCAACUCGAUGACGCUGAAGAACGUGCCGACAUCGCUGAGAACGCGCUGAGCAAAAUGCGCAACAAGAUCCGUGCGUCGGCCUCUGUGGGACCCGGCCAGGGAGGACUAAUGCAGUCAGCCAGCUCGGCUGUCAUGCGAAGCACCUCGUUCGCCAGAGGAGGAGACUUCUAA